CUAGGCUCCGAGUUGCUGCUGAGUCCCGGAUGGCGGGAGGCGGCGGUUGGAGCGCGAGCCGGUAUUUCUGCACCGCCAGCCGCGGUCUGGAGCCGCUGCUGAGGGAGGAGGUGCUGCUCAAACUGUCCGCCACUCAGGUGGAACAGCUUUUAGGAAAAGUAUUCUUUACAGCUGAUGCAGAUUUGAAAAAGCUGAGGAGCCUGAAAUGUGCAGAGCGGUUAUUUUUACUUGUGAAAAAACUUCCCCCAAUCCAGAUUACAAGACAUAAAGGGAAAGGUAUUCACAUUCUUCAGAAAUAUGUGAUUGGAGAAUCAAGUGACUGGUUGAAUAUUGUUGCCAAAUGGAAAUCUCUUCAGGAUCUUAAUAAAGAAGAAGAAUGCACUUCAGACAUUACUGGAACUGGGCUAAAACGACCAGCGCAGCAAGAGAGUGGUGAAACUAGAAAAAGGUCAAAGUUAGAGCUGGGUGAACCUCCAAUGACAGACUUUUAUGAAAGUCCAACAGGGCAGCAUGAUGCCCAUUCAGUAAUACAAGGAGGCCAGCAGAGUACAUCGCCAAUACAAACACCAUCUUCUGAUGAGCUACUUAAUUCUGAGGGUCAAGGUGCUGCAUCCAGUAUGAAUUUUAGAGUAUCUUGUCGCUGCAGUGGGAAAGUUGCUAAAAUGUUUACCUCACAGGAGCUAGGGAGAGUGAUUGGUGUUGCCCUCAGCAGGCAAUUGGGCUGGAAAGCAGAAUUGAGAAACCCAGUGCUGGAGGUCUAUGUUCAUUUAAGUGACAUUCAUUGUGUGGUUGGGAUUCCUAUUGUAAGGCUUCCUUUAGCCAGCAGGGAUUAUAUUAAAAGUGCAGGACUGAGAUCUACAGUUGCUUGGGCUAUGGCAUAUCUUGCUGACAUCAAGGCUGGUUCACUAGUACUUGAUCCGAUGUGUGGAUUAGGAACCAUUUUGCUGGAAGCUGCCAAAGAAUGGCCUAAUGCAUAUUACCAUGGAGUAGACAAUACUGCCUCACAGUUGCAGAUGGCAUCUGCUAAUGUGUGCUUUGCAAAACUGACCAGCAACAUUGACCUAAUGAGAGCUUCUGUCACAGAAUUGCCUCUACUUACAGAAAGCAUGAAUGUAGUCAUCUGUGACAUUCCAUUUGGAAAAAAAUUUAAGAUUGCACAGGAUAUGAAGACAAUAAUGCCAUACAUCCUCAAAGAGAUGGUGAGGGUGCUUAGCAUUGGUGGGACACUUGUACUACUACUUAGCCAAGAACUCUCACUACAGAUGCAGCAAUGGCAGAAACUACAGAGUCCCCCAAAUAACAAAGGGAAUCUUACUGCCCAGCAAAACACAGACACAUCCCCAAAGGAACCGGGUACAGAUCCAGAAGAAACUAUCGGCGUGCAGCAUGUGUCAGUUGAAAAAGAGCAGUCUGAUUUGGAAACACGGAUUUUUGCCUCUCUGGUACCAAAAGGUAUCUUCCAAGUGAGUCUUGGUGUGACAGAAGCUUCUAUACACAAAUACAAGAAAAUUCAAAUAUCAUGAGUGAAUGCAUUGCUGGUGACUGUGAUUGUGUUCAAUCUGACAUGGACUGUGCAAGAUGCAAAGUGAGAGCACAUUUUUAACAAAAUAAAGUCAUUAAGUUAUUGAUACAGUCAUAGAGAUUUUAUCCUAAUUUUCACUCUGGGUAAAUGAGUUACACUCAUUUGGGCUGUUGGGCAAGCUCUCUGAUAUCAAACCCGGAUCAAUUCACCCCCUCCGGGUUUGUUUAAAUACACCCAUGCCCCACUGUAGCAUUAAUGAUCGAAGCUGCAGGAAAGGAUGCAGCCAAGGAUUAGUGCAAACAGUUUCUAGUCAUUUGGCUAAAUGGAUUAGGAAAGGGUGGGUAGAUGAUCACUGAUAAGGAAGAGAAGGUGAGUAGGCUGGGCCCUAUGUUUCAUUAAGAGCUACCUGCUGUUCCUCCUCGCUGUUAUUGAAACUUCAGAAGAGAAAUCACUUAGCUUUUCAUCUAUCCUUUAUGGAUAUUUCUUUGAUCAGACAUCGGCUUCGUGAAAUCAACUUAAACUGCUGUUGGGAUUUGAUGAAUAUUUUGGAUCUCAUUGAGGCCCUAAUCUGCUGAGGUAAAGAGUUUCACACAAAUGUCCAAAGUGCACAAUUUAAAAUGGUGGAAGGCAUAAGAAAAGUCAGAAAAUGUGAGCAUCAGAAUACCACAGACGUAAGCCCACAGGUUGCAGCAGAGAAAGAUCUAAGCUUCUGUUUAUCAGCCAUGAUAGGGAACCACCAAUUUAUGACUUUGGGAUAAAUACACACUUAACAGUAGACAAUUCAGCUCCUUGAGCCUGCUCUGCUGUUUAAUACAAUCAUGGCUGAUCUCAUCUCGGCCUCAACUCCACUUUCUUGCUUACUUUCUAUAACCCUUCGGCCUAUUACUGAAUUAAAAAUCUAUCUAUCUCCUUAAAUUUAUUCAGCGUCUCAGCAUCCACUGCACUCUGGAGUCAUGAAUUCCACAGAUUCACCAUCUUUUGAAACAAGUAAUUCAUCCUCAUCUCUGUUUUAUCUGCCUCACUUAGCCUAAAACCAUGACCUCUCAUUCUAGAUAGUUGUGUAAAGAUAAAUAUUUGCUCUAUGUUUAUUUGGUCAAUACCCUUUAAAUAUCUCAUAGACACUUUUCCUUUUGGAUUGUGCUCUUCUCCAAAGUAAGCAAUGACAGCGGAUGAAAACCAGCAGUGUUUUAGUUCAAUUUUCUUGUAAAGUAUAAAAUGUUAUGGGAUAACGCAAUAGGAGCAUUAAAAUAGAAUGGAAUAAGAGACAGUUUAAUGAAGUGAUCAAAGCCUUAAUGUAAUUUUGAUAGUUUAUAUAACUAAUACUAGUUGUAUUACAGUGUGUAAAAAUAUAUAACUUGGAGUCUGAAAUUGUCAUGAACUGCUAAGGGGGAAAAUAUGCUGGAGAAUAUUAGUGGAAGCUGUUCUGGAGUUUCAGUAACAUCAAGAAAUGGUGAUAAUCUGAAAGAAUUAUCUAAGAAAACUGAAAAGUAAAAAUGUUAUCAAAUGCUUUGGAUUACAUUUCAGUGAUGUGAAAAUGUGUUGAACCAACAUGUACAAUGCUUUGAUCAUUUAUACUUGUGGUGUAUCAUGUGAUCACUUUUAUAUAAUUUGUACAUUCAGCAAAGCAAAUGUGUACAGCUUAACAUGGUUUAUUUUUGAAUGAUUUUAUUUUUUUUAAUGAGUGAAGACACAGAUUUUACAAAAUAAUUUGUUGUUUGAUCUCUCAUUUGUAAACAAACUGCAUUAUGACUGGCGCACAGCCUCCAACAAUUAAUUACUAGUAACAUCUGUUUAUCCGAGAGCACAAUAAACCACCACUUUAUCAUUCAAAGAAAAAUCACAUUUGUAUUUUUUAGUAUUAUUAAUGAUGUGACCAUACUGUAUUGCAUCAGUCUUUGUGUUAGUAGCAGAGUUGAAACAGCCUACAAAUGAGUAAAUACACUCUUUCAAUGUUUUUGGUAUAGGCAAAUUGAGGAAGCCACACAUCUUUCCUUCAGGAGAUGUUUGAUUUUCAUCAGAUGUUCUUUUCAAUUAUUGAAGUGACUGUGUCAUUGAAUUUGUGUGCAUGGCAUUGAAGGGAAAUGCUGUAUGCCUGAGAUUUGGCUUGUCUACAGAACACUGGUUGAAAGAAAUACUGUAUCUUCAAUCUAUCAAAGCAAACUGUCUAAGGCUUUUUUUCAACUUGACUGUCUCUUGUCUCACUGCGUUGGCUCAUUCAUGGUGACACCUCAAUAAUUGUGCAAUAUUAGGUC